AUGGUUUCAACAAUAACUCCAGCUCUCACCAAGUCCGGAGCUACGGUAAUUUCCAGUCUGGGAAUGGGUGCGGAGGCUAAACGAGGUGUUGGUAAUGGCACAAGGGUGUCGAUGCUUUCUCCUAACAAGGCUUUCUCCUCUCUAGUAGUAGUAAGACUAGUAUCGUUGCGGCGGCAGUCAUUUGAAAUUUUUCACCUUUAUCUGGGAUAUUCUUCUAAUUAUGCAAUUUGCGAAGAAAAGAACUGGCUGAAGUUCUCCAAGAAAAAUACGUUAGGAGGAAGGAAGCAAAGGUUGGAACUGCUGAAAAUGCACUAA